GGUUCUUUAGUAGUCGCCGUCUUUUUCUCCCUCGCUUUCUUGUUUUCGAAGGAAGAUCCCUUCUCCGAUCGUUCUUGGACGGCAUACCGGAGGAGCCGGAAAGAUAAGAAAAUGAAUGCAGAUUCGGCCAUGGCAUGGGUUAAACGUGCAGGGGAAGCAGCUCUCCAUCUCCUUCAAAAGACUUUUCAGCUCCUCGUCUUCUUGCUGAGGUGUCUGAGUCCUGAUCUCGCCGUUGAUUGUCUUCCUCUUCGCGCAGGAGAAAACGAACCCAGCCGGGACAAAGAGGUGGCCACUUAUGCCUCGUGGUCUAAGCUGAACAUUGUGCUGUCCUUUGCGGGCGGCCUCAGCCUAGCAAGUCUGCCAUCCUCCCUCAUUCAUGAGAAAUGGACUAGCUUUGCCACUUACGCCAUUGCAAUCUUUGUGGGAUUCCUUCUCGCCAUGGCUGUCUACUCCACGUGCUCUUUCUUACGGAAGACCGUGAUGAGAGUGUUGUUGUCCAUCUCGUCUGCAAUUAUCUCCGUUGUUUUCGCUGCACUGUUGACAGUGGUUCUUGUCAAGGGUGUGUGGGAAGCAAAUUGGCUCGAACAAGUACUUGGCUACGACUCAUCAACGGAUUCAUUUCAAGAGCUAAUCAUGUUCCUGCAUUCACAUGCCUGUCUGGAAUCAGAUGAACCUUUACUGGUGCUGUUCUGCCAAGCAUUUUUGCAUUUGCGUCAUCAGUCACGGAGAAACGGCAUCUCUUUGUUUUAGAUACCAGGGGUCACGGUCGGGUCCAUUGGAAAAUAGAGUCGGUAGGCCAGAACAGGGAUUAUAAUCGGGUGUUUCCACUGGGAGGAGACUCCGAGAAAAGGCAUUGGGUCUGAUACGCACCUUCAUGAAGAUCAAGUGGUGGAGUCACUAACUGAAGAUUCCAGACAAUGAGAUAUUUUAUGUUAAAGUUUCUGAAAUAAUUUUUCUUCUAGAAUCAGAAUCCCCUAACAGCAUGAUUCUCAUUCUGUUUUAACCCAUGCUAUUAGUUGUUGAUUAACCGUUAACCAUUGUGGUUAACUUCAACUGUAUAGUUCUCUUGUAUAGCAUUGAAUUGCUUUGAGGAAGAAGAAAAAUAGAAUCCUCCUUCAUUGAUCACUCUUCCCGUUCUAUCUUGCAUUUUCCUUCAUGGUAUCAAACUAUUUCCAAAGAUGUCGUCAAAGAAAAAGAUCUCUGCAAGGACCAAACACAUUGA